CUACGUAAAUAAAUCAUUAUAAUUGAAAUUUUCUAACGAUAUGGCAGGCCACGAUGUUCAAGAUGAUCCAAAGCUGAAGGGUCUUUCUCGUUACUUUAACAACUCUACGAUAAGAGGGAGAGCUAAUGUGGCCAAGGCAACAUAUGCAUUCUUCGGCGUAGUGAUCCUUUACAACAUGCUUAAACCUAAGUCAAAGUAAAUACACACUUCAUAAUUCUUUAAUUUUAUGGUAACUAUCCAUGGUUUUUGUUAAGUAAAAUACACAUUCAUUUAGUGAGAAGUAAUUGAAAA